AAUUAUUUCUAAAUAUAGUACUCACAUGAUUAUAAUUAUGGAAUUCACCUAAAAAAUUCAAAAAAAUCGUUAGCCAAUCGAACGAAUAUUUCCAUCACUAGCAAGGAAAUUGAUACUAGAAGAAUAGAUACAUGUUAAAACUCCGCGAAAUUCUGUUAGAACUUUGAGAUCUGAAGAAAGAAUCCGGCUGCGUACAAACAUUGCACUGCUGGAUCAAAUGGCGCAGCAGCAGCCACCGCACGUUGCCAUUUUGGGGGCUGGAAUCUUCGUGAGAAACACUUACAUACCCAGAUUAGCCGAACUCGCCAACCUCUUAGUUCUCAGAGCAAUUUGGAGCCGUAGUGAGGAAUCAGCCAGAGGUGCUGCUGAGAUUGCUAAAAAGGAUUUUCCAGAUGUUCAAUGUAAGUGGGGGGAAGAAGGACUCAAUGAGAUCAUUCAAGAUCCUUCCAUUAUCGGCGUGGCAGUGGUUCUUGCUGGACAGACUCAGGUGGAUAUGUCACUAAGGUUGCUGAAGGCUGGGAAACAUGUUUUGCAAGAGAAACCCGCCGCAGUUUCUGUUGCUGAGCUUGAAACAGCAAUAUCAAAGUAUAACUCUAUCAACCCUGCCCCGAUCUGGGCACUAGCUGAAAACUACCGUUUUGAACCUGCCUUUGUUGAGGGGAAAAAACUAAUAACUGAGAUUGGAGACAUUCUUAAUAUUCAAGUCAUUAUUGAAGGGUCGAUGAAUAGCUCAAAUCCUUACUUUUCAAGUUCUUGGAGACGAGAUUUUCCUGGAGGUUUUAUUCUAGAUAUGGGUGUCCAUUACAUUUCUGGUUUAAGAAUGUUGGCAGGUUCUGAGAUAACUUCAGUGUCUGCCCUUACUACCCAUGUCAACUCGUCUUUGCCUCCCCCAGAUCAUAUCUCCUCGACAUUUCAGCUGGAGAAUGGAACUUCUGGUGUUUUUGUUAUGGUGGUAUCAUCAAGAUCUCCAAAGAUCCUAUGGCGUAUUGUUGGGUUGAAAGGAACAUUACAAGUCGAGCGAGGAGUGAAAGAUGGAAAGCACGGAUACACUGUUGUGCACUUCAACUCUGAUGGCCAAAUCAAAAACUGGUUCUACCCAUUCACAGGCGUGACCGAAGAGCUCAAGACCUUUCUAUCAGACAUUUCACAGGCAGCACUAAAGAAAGAUGGAAGUCACCAGGUCGAGCCCCGCCUCUCCUUUGUUGAAGGCGCUCGGGAUGUUGCUGUUUUGGACGCAAUGCUGGAAUCGGGGAAGAAGCAAUGCGCUGUCCAAGUAAAGAAGUUUUAGCUUCCACAGUCAGCAUACUUUCAAGAUUUCUGGAAAUCAGGCAAACAACAGCAUGGGGAGCGAACCAUCUUCGGUAGUUCCUCGCCCAAUCAGUUCCAACUUACACAGCCAUAAGCUCAUUCAUACAUACAUACACACCGACAAACUGGUUUGUUCUUCCUAUGCAUUAGUUGUCUUGAUUCCUGAUUUAACUUAUCAAGAAACAGUGCCUUUACUUAUUUGCCAAAUUUGAAUACACAAUAAUGCCUAGCAAACUUGUUGAGCUUUAGUUACAACUAAUGCAACACCUUUUCUGUUUGGUGCAAUAAAAACUAUUCUUUUAGAUUUCUCAA